CGAUUUAUCAAAAAUAUUAUCAGUUUUUCUCAUUAUUUUCUUAUGUUUUCAACAACGAAAUGAAAUGGGGACACCUUCAUAUAUGUACCUUAGUUUCUUCCUCUAGCUAUCUUGAAUUUGUUAUUGUUUUUAAAAUCCCGAGAGCAAACCGGCAAAAGCGCAAGCAGACCGAACAGAACAUUUAAUUUACUAGUGCAAAACAGUUUAUAGAACUCACCAUGGAUAAUUUAUCACCAAUGUGUGUCGCCUGUGUUUGAAUACAGUAUUUUCCGAUGUGAAAGAUGAUAAAAUUUAUUGCAAUUCGUACAUUUAUAGUGUUUUAUUCUGCGUGUACCUUUUUGGUGUUGUCAUUGUUAUUCAAUUUGCAGAGAAAUCAGUUUGUGCCAUACCGAAUUGGCAGUGGUUAUAUGAAGAAUAUGGAGGAAUUUAAUAAAUAUCGUGACUCUUUGCGGGAUAUCUUGUACAAUCCCUCGUUUAAAUGUUCGUUUAAACUCGUUGAAAUUGGUGAAAACUUUCGAUAUGAUCGAUAGUGAAUAAAUCCACUAUAACAAAAAGUAUAGAUUAGAACUAAACAAAAGAAUGAGAACCAUGCCUCAAUCCAAUCGCUAGUUGCAUGUGUCCCCGUAACGGAAAUCGUUUGUCACGAGGUGAGAUGCGAGAUGAUGUUCAAUGUUCCUUUCUAUUCAAUGUUUUUCCUUCCUUUAGUUCCAGAUCAUGUAGCAAAUCACGCAUAAACUUGCGUGAAGGCUCACGGGAAAAGUGGUCUGCACUGUUCCUGUACGUUUUUUAUACCAGCGUCCAUUGAUUAUUGGAAUGAAGUGCUCUAUCAUAAACGUAUAUCAUGCGAUAUAGUAAAGGUAUUAGAAUGGAUAAAACAAGAGAAACGCCAACCCCGCCGGCAGAUCCACCUGCGGACAAAGCAACCGAGGCAACGGCAUCCGGUAUUGUGAAGUUGACGAAACGGGCCGCCAUUACGCAGGUAUUGAUCGCCAUCGUUGCUAACAUUACGAUCAUUUCUUCCGGCAUGGGUAUCGGCUUUCCAUCGAUCGCAAUGAUGGAGCUAACCAACUCUACCACGUCCGUUGUGCUAACGGAAUCAGAAGCGACCUGGUUCGCGUCCAUUACCUCGAUCAUGUGUCCUUUUGGAGGGUUACUGUCUGGCUAUCUGCUGGAUAAGGUGGGCCGAAAGCGAACACUUUACUGCAUCAACAUCAUUUCGAUCAUCUCCUGGGCGAUCAUGUCGUUCGCCAACAGUACGGACGCUUCCGUACUGUUUGUGGAGUUGAUUGUAGCACGCGUCAUCAUCGGUAUCGCUAUCGGACUUUCUAGCACACCCGCAUCGGUUUAUGCUGCCGAAGUUGCACACCCUCAAAUGAGAGGUCGGUUAACACUUCUAACUGCCGGUUGUACCGCUAUCGGAAUGCUUUUGGUGUACUCACUAGGCUACAUGUUUAAAGAGGAUUGGCGCUACGUUUGUACUAUUUGCGGCGUGUUUACUGGAGUAUCGCUAAUUACCGUGAUUCCACUGCCGGAGUCACCCAGUUGGUUGGUGGGUAAGAAUCGAUCACAGGAAGCGGAACGAUAUCUGAAAGUUAUACGCGCCAUCAAGGAGGACAAUCAUCCGGAGAUCAAGGCGGAAAUAAAGGCACUGGAGGAUAAUGUGGCCCGCUUCCGUUCGUCGGAAUCAUCGAAAAAGCCAUCCAAGCUGGUGCAGCUAAAGAAACCCGAAGUCUACAAACCGCUCUUGAUCAUGUGCACGUUUUUCAUUUUCCAACAAUUUUCCGGCAUCUUCGUGAUCAUCGUAUAUGCCGCCAGCUUCUCCGUUGAGGCAGGUGUAGCGAUCGAUCCAUUCCUGAGUGCGGUACUGGUGGGAUUAACGCGCGUACUGACCACCAUCUUGAUGUCGUUCAUAUCCGAUAAGUUUGGCCGUCGUCCACCGGCCCUUUUCUCCGGCUUUGGUAUGGCGUGCUGUAUGUUUGGGUUGGCCGCAUGUGCUGUAUAUCCGGUAACCGACACGCCGUACAAUUGGAUACCGACGGCCCUACUAGUGGCGUUCAUCUUUACGGCUACGCUCGGAUUCCUAACGCUGCCAUUCUCUAUGAACGCGGAAGUAUACCCCACAAAGGUGCGAGGUUUCGCAUCCGGGUUGACCAUCUUCUUCGGCUACACCAUGUCGUUCAUCAUACUAAAGAGCUAUCCGACGAUGGUAAUCGCCAUUGGCAAUGAGAACGUGUUCAUGUUCUUUGGAUUGGUUUCCCUGCUGGGAAUCGUGUUCGUGUACUUCUUCCUGCCCGAAACGAAGGGUCGCACGUUGCAGGACAUUGAAGAUUAUUUCCGCGGUAGCAAGAAAGUGGACGCAGACAAACACGACACGAAAGCGUAGACUGGACGAGGCAAAAUUUGUAGAUAAGCGAACUACUAGUCUGUGAUAGAGUCGGCUUAGUUUUGCGGAAUUGGGAUGUAAAAAUAAUACUUUUGACAUUUUUACGCAUAAGCAUUUAGGUAUUUCUAAACGUAUAUUUAAUAAAUUUGAAUAAAGUGUUGAAAUAAAUUAAGCUAAAUACGUACAACGGCUGUGUGUAAAUAAUUAGCCUCGAACCAUGAUGACAAAGUCCCCGUUUACAUUGUAGAUCUUCAUCGUAUGAAAUCUUUCGUUGUUAGUGUCCUUUGUUAACCUACUUAUUAUCUACUGUCUAGAUAGGGUUUGAAGCAUUAAAGCCGUAGCUCUGUUCAAGGAAUAUGUCUUUAAACAAAGUCUCUUGUAAACUACCAUAG